GAAAGGGAUCCCUCCACGGCCGACAUCAUAGUCACAAAAAGUGUGGAACAAAAAGGGCAAAAUCUAUUCGCGUCCCCUCCGUUCAUGGUCGCCUUGUAUCCUGACAGCAACAACAACAACGACGACGGCAGCGACGGCAGCGACGACGAAGACAACAAUUGUUGCUCGCACCACUUGGUCGCUAACGCAUCCUUCCGAGCAUUCCCGUACUUGAUCGCGGUCUCGCGCGCGCGCGUGUGUGUGUGUUCCUUUGUGCUGUUGCUGCUGCUACAGCUGGAGCGUUGGAACCCGGCCCCGGGACCCUCUGGACCAGGCGUGUGGCGUGUGACUUAGUGCUUGGCCCGCAGGAGGAGAUCGAGAUGAUGAGGAGCAAGCAUCAGGCAGCGUCCAGCGGCAGUCUGUGAGUGCACACCGAGUCUGCUUCCCAUUCCCACUCGGUUACCCAAUCAACCAUCAAAGUCAGCGCAAACAGCACCCACCCAGCUCAAACCGACCCAUUCCGACCGACCACGGCCACACGGCCACACGGUGACACGGGGCCGCUGCUGCUGCUUAGAAAGGAAAACGCUUAGAAAAAAGAAAAAGGUACAGGGUCCCAGCGAUCAGGCAAUCCUGAUGGGCCGAUCACACAUCAUGUCCGAGAUUGUUGCCCACCGAACGAACCAGCACCAUCAUUGGCAGCCAGCGUAUUGCUGGUUAACGAUGGUACAGUAAGCAACGUCACAGCAGGAACAGGAGGAGGAGGAAGAGUAUAGGGGGGAGUUUGGGAGCAGUACGAGCAUCCGAUAGACGCUGUAGAACGCGCAAGGCGACGCACGCUCCCCUACACUACCAGCCACUGCAGCGGGAAGGCGGCCGCCCCGACUGCCAACCAACCGAAACCCAAGAGGAAACCAGGACCAGGGAGGGACCACGGUUUCAACAAUGUCGGAGACUGCAUCCAACUGCCGUACGUCGACCUCGUUCACGACGAUGCCACCGGUGCUGACGGACAGCCAGAAGGGUUCGGUGGAGGACAUCCAGAUCUCGCUGGCACCGUACAUCCAGUCGUACCUGAGCCAAACCGGCCGGCGGCACUCGUGCUGCCGCGUCAUGCUGCCGGUGGCGUUCGAGCGGGCCGCUCCCCGCUCGUGGGCCGAUCCGCGCUUCGAUUCGCCCGUCCUCGAGGGCCAGUAUCAGGCGAGCGUGUUCCCCCAGCUGCGGCUCAAGUUUCGCUUUGCGCUGUUCUACAUUCUGCUCUGCUCGCUCGUCUGGCUGCUGUACUUUCUGCUGGACGGCGGACCAACCACCUACACCCCGCUCACCGGCUCGAUCGGGCUGAUCUUUGUGUUUGCGCUGCUCGGCCUGUGGGUGACGGGCACCGAUAUCUACCGGGCGUACACGAACCUACUAUCCGGCUGCUGUGCCGUCCUGCUGUGCAUGUUCUCGCUCGCCCUGCUGCUGCUGACACGCGAAGCCCUCAGCCCGCUCGGCCACUUUUCCAUCUGCAUCGAGAUCGUGCUGCUGGUGUACACGAUUAUCCCGCUGCCACUGUGGCUCUGCUGUACGAUCAGCACCGUGUACUCGGUGUGCUUCGAGGUGCUUUCGUUUCUGCAGCAGACCCGCUUCGAUUACAACUCCCGGCCGGUGGCGGCGGCGCCGGCGGCGCCGGGUCACGGGACGGGCGACGCGGCCGACUACUACUACUACUUUGGUGGCACGGGACCGGGACCGGGCACGGGACCGGGCGGGGACGCGCCCGGCGCUGACGACGACGACGGGACGUUCCUGUACAAAAUCAUCCUGAUCCGGGUGCUGAUCCAGCUGUGCGUCCACCUGAUCGGGGUCCAGAUACUCGUCAUGACGGUGGUGCGGAUGCGCGGCACCUUCAUGAAGGUGGGCCAGAACCUGCUGGUGCGCCGCCAGCUCGAGAUGGAGAAGCAGCUGAAGGAGAAGAUGAUCCACUCGAUGAUGCCACCGAAGGUGGCGGAUCUGCUGCUGAGGGAAAGCCGUGGGACGGGCCGGGGGGCCGGUACCGGUGGCUCCAGCUUCGACCAGUACUCGGGGACGGCAUCGGCCCCAUCGGCGGCCACCCCACGCCGGGCCACCCCGUCCGACCUUAAAUCGCUGUUCCGGCCGUUCCACAUGAACCGGAUGGAGAACGUGAGCAUCCUGUUUGCCGACAUCGUCGGGUUUACGCGCAUGUCCGCGACCAAGACGGCCGAACAGCUGGUGGAGAUACUGAACGAUCUGUUCGAGCGGUUCGACGAUCUGUGUCUGGUGAAUGGGUGCGAGAAGAUUUCGACGCUCGGCGACUGUUACUACUGUGUGUCGGGGUGCCCGGAACCGCGGCCCGACCAUGCGAUCUGCUGCGUCGAGAUGGGGCUCGGUAUGAUCGAGUCGAUACGGGUGUUUGACGCGCAGCGGAACGAGGGCAUCAAGAUGCGGGUCGGUGUGCACACCGGUACGGUACUGUGCGGGAUUGUCGGUACCAAGCGGGUCAAGUUUGAUGUGUGGAGCAACGAUGUCACGCUGGCGAAUCGAAUGGAAUCGAGCGGCAAACCGGACCAAGUGCACGUGUCGGAGGAAACGUGCGGAUUCCUGGGCGAUUCCUACGUCAUCGAAGAGGGAGAGGAAGUGGAUGGCCACCGGACAUACUUUGUGGUGGGCAAACGGGUUGAGGAACCGGGCCACCAGGGGGGUGCCCUGCUCGAGGAGCUGCCCGGUAUGAUGCACCAUCUGUUCGCUACGGGCCCGCUGGCAACCGGUGACAGUGACCAGCACGCCGGUGGUGGCAGUUCGUGUUUGUCGCGCAGCGUGACCAACGUAUCGUCGAUUGAACCGGCCGUACCACCCGCCUCACCGGCCGGUCCCAUUUUCUUCGCUUCGCUGCACGCAUCCCCGAUCACUAACCCGCGGCCACGGCUUGCUUCGCUUACCAAAAUGACGAAAUUCCUACGUUCGGCUGUCAAGGGGGGUGAGGGCGGUGGUCGGCAGCUGAUCGUCGGCGAGGGUACAACACCGUCCGGCGCCAGCGAGCGCGAAUCGCUCGAGAAGCCACGUAUCAUCAUCAGCACCAAGUCGAUUUCGGAUGAGUUUUACAACGGUGGUGGUGGUGAGGAGGAGGAAGAGGAGGUACUGCACCACCACGGAUCGGCCCGGGAUUUGUGCGCCGUACAGCAGCAGCAAUCCGCCACCAGUUCGCUUUCAAGACUGCAACACAACACACGGAGCGGACAACACGACGACGACGACGACGACGAUUGGCAGACGACGACGACGACGACAGUUACUGAGCAGCAGCUUGGUCGAGAGUUAACGCAACACACCAGCUCGUUCCGUUCCUGCUGGAAGGUGGGCAAUCUGCUGACGAAAAAACGUCACGAUCCACCACCGAACACGGACCUGGAAGGUGGUUUACGAAUCUGUGAUAAUGUAAAGUGUCGAGAGGAGGAAAUACCGUGCAUCGGAACGUCGUCCCCAGUCGAUCAGGGUUCGAACGAACGCGAGCGACCCACCCACGAUAACAACGGCCAAACGAACGUCACCGGGAGCCAAGGUUGCUAUCAAACGUUACCGAUCCUAAUCGUUACGCCACGGCCCGCUACGGUGGCUGGUGGCACGGCCACCAACGCAACCACCUGUUCCAGUGCUCCUGGCAGUGGAAGCGGCACCGGUGUUGGUGAUGGCUCACUGUUCAUCGACGAGAUCAUCGAUGUGCGAUCGUACAUUUCGCAAUCACGGAGCGACAUUUCACCGUUCGCCCGCACCGGCAGCUAUCGCUCGCAGACCACCGAUCGUUCCUCGAUCAUUCACGAGGUGGCACGCGGUGCCACGGAACGGGGAACGGGACUGAUGGCCGGUGGUGGGAACCACGGUCGUCCACGGAGCUCCACCAUCAGUGCCGCCACCGGAUCGUACGGUGAGACGGGGGACGGGGGACAACCAGGGGGACCGCAGCCUCAGCGCCACGCUUCGGUGGCCGCCUGUUCGAGCGCCCGGUUACUACUCGGCCCCGACGGUGCUAGCCUCUCACCAUCGGCCACCUCCCGGAAGGAUUCGGGCAUCCGUUCGAACAGCCGCCGUUCGAGCAUCCAGCACCAGAUCAUGCUGAUGAACCAGAGUGCGGCCCUGUCGUUACACCGUGUAUCCGGUUACUUUACCAGCUCCCAGUCCAGCCUGUCCGGUGCGAUGGUGACCGGAGUGGAGCUAGAGCAAACGGGCAACCGACCUGCCCCGGGUGCACCGCCAAACGGUAGCCUGCGCGGUACCACUGCAGCCACGACGGAACACGCUGGUACCACCGGGAAGUGUUUCGUUGGCCCACGGGAACCACACCCGGAUCCACUGGCCGCCUGUCUGCAGCAGCUCCGUAAACAGUCCGACCUGCAGCUGAUCCGGUGCGUGCGCGAUAAUGCACGCUCGCAACGGAGCUACCUGGUAAAGCCGCCCCUGCUACCCGUCUCGCUCCGCUUCAAGUCACGCCUGAUGGAGAAAGAGUUCCGCUCGAAGGCGCACCGCUUUGGCACCGAUACGGAGGCGGCGGGCGUCGGUGGUUUCGCCGGUGGUCUUGGUGAACUGGACGGUACCGGACCGCCAACACUUGCCACACCGAAGUACAACACGUACAUCGAUCUGCUCGUCUCGUUCGCCAUCUACCUGGCGACGUCUACCUCGCUCUUUCUCCUAUCGCCGUCGGUGUACCUUGAGUCGUACAAGGUGUGGGUGUGCAUCUUUGUGCUGUUCAGCACCGUGCAGCUGUUCGCGUUGUUCAUCUGCACCAAGCAGGUGUGCCGGCGGGCACGCAAACCAUCGAGCGGGCGCCAUCGUGCCCGGGCUAGCCGCAGCUGUUACGAUUGUCUGCUCCAGCUCGCUUCCCACUGGUACCCGUGGCAUCUGUGCGGUGGUAUCCUGAUGUCCCUACCCGUCAUCUCGAUCCUGUCGAACUUUGCGAUGAUGGACGUGAGCAAGUUUCGUGUGUUUGAGUUCCACUACGGUUUCCUGAUGUACAUCUGUAUCGUGCAUUGCUGUAACUUUACGCAGCUGAACUGGGGCAUGCGCAACUGUAUGGCACUUGGGACGGCUGUCGCUUUUAUUGGUAUUGCCGCCGGGCAUAUGGUGCAACUGUCGGCGCUGGAAGCGGAGAGUGCCAGUUUGCGGACCGGUCUCCCAGCGAAUGGGACGACCGGACGGAACAGACCGCUCCAUCAGGCCCAGUUCGAGUGGUUCAACAACUACCGGGUCGAGAUUUACGUCGAUCUGUUUCUGCUACUCGUGCUGGUGUGGUUUCUGAAUCGGGAGUUUGAAAUCGGUUACCGGUUGAGCUUCCACGGGAGCGCGGUGGCGAGCCAGGACAAGGUGCGCGUCCAGAACAUGAAGAACCAGGCGGACAUGCUGCUGCACAACAUUAUCCCGAAGCACGUGGCGGAGCAGCUGAAAAACACCGCCAAAUACUCGGAGAACCACCACGGCAUCGGUAUCAUCUUUGCGAGCAUUAUCAACUUCAACGAAAUGUACGACGAGUCGUACCUGGGCGGGAAGGAGUAUCUGCGCGUGCUGAACGAACUGAUUGCCGACUUUGACGAGCUGCUCGCGCGGCCCGAGUUCCGGUGCGUGGAGAAGAUCAAAACGAUCGGCAGCACGUUUAUGGCGGCGUCCGGGCUCGAUCCGAGCUGUCGCGGUGAGUCGUACGAGCAUCUGUACGCGCUGGUGGACUUUGCGCUCGCGAUGCAACAGGUGGUCGAGUCGUUUAACCGGGAUCUGCUCGAGUUUAAUCUGAUUAUGCGCGUCGGCUACAACUUUGGUGAUGUGACGGCCGGUGUGAUCGGUACGAGCAAGCUGUACUACGACAUUUGGGGCGAUGCCGUGAACGUUGCUAGCCGGAUGGACUCGACGGGGGUGGCGGGCCGGAUACAGGUCGGUAGUGAGUGUGUGCCGGUCCUGAGCGAACGGUACGACUUUGAGCCGCGGGGUAAGGUGUACGUGAAGGAGGACCAUAUGGAAGUGUACCUGCUGGUGAGUAAAAAACCGGACCUACUGGGACCACCGGAACUAGAUAUAGAUCCCCUUUAAGCGCGUGUCGUGCCAGGAUGGAGCCGCGCGCCCCUUACCCAUAUCAGUCAGGUUCGCCCCAUUUCGCCCUCUUGCCUCCUCGGUGCUCGGUACUAGUAACCAGACGCACGCGCACACACACACACACACACACACACAGGAGACGCACAAACACAGAUGGGACAGGAAAUCAGUAGUGCUGGAAGAGUACUGCAUGCAAGGAACUAAGUAUGUGCCUUCUCUUUAAGAAAAAAAAGAAAAACAAACAGACAAACUAUUUAUAUUCUACAUACACUCCCCGGAAGCGGAACGCGCAAGCAACCGGAAACCAUAGGCUGAAUGUCAGAAUUUCAAACGGUUUAACGAUUUAACGAUGCACUGCAUCCCACCCACCCCACCAAUUGCAUCUUUUCUCGCCUCCUUGUUCUCUCUCACACUCUUUCUUUUUUUCUUCAUUCCUCUCUGUCAUAACUUCAGGGUGAGGCAAAAGCAAAGAGCUGCAGAACACAUUUAAAAUGCCAUAUCUUUUUCAUUGUUGUUUGGAAUUUUUUUUGAGUGAAACUAAAAAAUAUUGGGAAAUGUUUUAUAAAUUUUCAGAAUCAUUUAGGUUUUUUUUUUUCGAAUUUGUUACUUUUGAAUGAAUUAUGGUUUAGAGACCUCGUUGAAGAAACCAUAGCUCGUUGCCCACAGGGUGCUUUGUGGCCUUUUUGGCUCAUUCCUGGAGAAGCGUUUGCAUUAGCUGUUCGAAACGUUGUCAUUUUUUUGGUCUAACCUUGCCCUUUAAAAUGCCGUAAACGGAGAAGUCGUGCGCUUUUUAUGUCCGUAGCUAUUGACAGCCAAUGAGACAUGGAAAUGAAGUGUGGAACAUUCUUUUUUCGCCAAUCUCAUGUCUUGGUUGUUUUGAAGGAAGAUACAGAGUCCUGUUGGGAUCUCCAGGGCUUUCGCACGAAUUGUUUGCAUUUCGUGGACUGCAAUGAACCUUUUAAUAGCUUUGGCACAUUUAUUUUUUGAUUUAUCUCGGAUCCACCGAACAAAAAUGUGCGACGAAUGCGAAAAAUUGCGUGUUAUCGCAUCUCAAUCCAUUAUAAACCCUACUUUUGUGUCCUGGUGGCCAGCCGGAAGGGUGUAAAUUAUCAGCUGACUUCCCUGGCACCUAAACCUCAUCGCUUUUUUCGUUUACAAACUACAGGAUAACGAAUGGUUUCUAAUUGAAGAAAACCUAGUUCGGAAUUUCAUUACUUACAGCCAAGCAAAGUAACUGUUUGGCUUUAUUGAUUCUUAUUUUAUUUUGAUAAGGUCUGAGGCCAUGCCAGAAUUGGAAAGACCUUUACUUAAAGCUCAUUUUGAAGUAUUGGUUGGGUGAUUCCAGCUAAAAUUCAUUCGUCUACAUCAUUUUGAGUGAUGCGCGUCGGGGAAUUUUUUUUGAAAUUUGCUCCAUAACUAUUUGAACUAUUUUUUUUAACGAUGUUGCCGUUUUUUGCGAUGAACUUUCAGGGUGUCUGGCAACGCUACCAGUAUCAAAGAAACGACUUGUGGUCCGAGAACCAAUUGAUUCAUUUACAUUUAACUGCUGGAAGGCUCACAACGAUACCCGCUUGUGGUUUUGCUACCAAAUAGAAAAAAGGAAAUUGAAACAAUUGAAUUCCAUCAGGAAUAACUGUUUUUGCUGACAAUUUCCCACUAAAAUGCUUUUUUAGACAACAGAAUGAGCUAUCAGUGGAAAAAAUCCAACCAGCUGUCGGACAGACGAGUGGUUUAGAAAUGGCAGCAGUUUGAACUUUGUUGCCGUUUGUUUCUGUUUUUGCACUCACCCUGUACACACAUUACCAUUACACUUAAAUACAAAUCACUAAGAUUUUCGAUGUGCGGCCAUUUUCGCUUUCGGGGACGUUCGCAAUCCUUUUAGAGCUUUAGGUUAGCAGUUACACAAUGGCCCAGCACUGGGGGUUGAAGGUGUUGAAGGUGAAUUACUUGCGGUGGAUCGCUCGCAGUGUAAUAGCAUUAUAGCAUACUCUCGACUCCCACCCCCCAUCAUCUGCACCUCGUAUGCAUCGUAUUAGUCGAACUUCCUCUUGCCAACCGUUACUCUACAACUAAGCUGUGUUGUUUAUUGGCGUAUGUGUGUAUCUGUAUGUAUGUAUGUAUGAGCGUGUGAAGGAGACUGUGUAUGUGUUUAUGUGUGUGCUUGUGCGCGUCUAUCCUUGCGCGUAGCCGGUGCAUCGGCCGCUGUUCCCUUGACAGAUCGUGAUCGAGAGUUCUAAGUAAGUGCAAGACAAGCCGCGCUCUGUAGCGCUGUAAAACCACGUGCCAAUCGCGUAAUCAUUUCGCUUUAAGCAAAGGAAAAACUAUCAAAAUGUAAAGUGCUGUAAUGGUUUUGUUUUUCUGUUGUUGAAAGUCGUUACCAUGUGCAAUCCGUUACGGCAUUCAUAGAUUUUAUGUAGCAAAGCGAUAUAGGCGUAGCUAGAGCAGGGGAAAAAAGGGAGCGGUGUGGAGAAAAGAGAGAGAGAGAGAGAGAGAGAGAGAGAGAGAGCGAGGCGAAGGGAGAAGAUGGGUUUACAAGCAAAAUUACUGAAAAAAAGCAAUGUUAAAGCAUAUGUAUAUUUAUCUGUUAACGUCUCUAUCUCUCCCUCUCUCUCUCUCUCUCUCUCUCUCUCUCCCUUAAUAUGCAAACAUGUAUAGCAUAUCUAUAUGCAUAGUAGACACAUUCAUAGACAUGUCAACACCCCAGAUAUCAAUCGUUUUUAAUCAAUUCUUGCCAAAAUUAUCGAUAAGUCUAACAAACACGGUAACCAACAAGCUUUAAGGCCCCCGAAUUCGCCCGCUAUGCGGCCGGGAGGCGAGCUUCGGUUAGCACAGCCCGCCCGCUCGUCGUGGAUACAAACAAUCUAGUAGUGGGGCCGCAGGAGCCCAUGGGGAUAUGGAGGUUGUUUUUCAUAGCUUUGUGCUUUUUUUUUUGUUACACUUAAAAGAAUACUCCCCGCGCCGAUACUCCUCAAAACUCGAACAAACUUGUACUUGUGUAAUACUGGCUGAGACACAAGCGGCGAGCCGUGGCCGUGGAACGUUUUAUAAGAAAGAAGGGAAAAAAACAAACAAACGUUGCGGACCCUUCCGCGCUCCCGUCAAACAAAAGCGUGUCGUACUGUAGCUCCCAUUUUUUUAUGUGCUUUAUUUAUUAUUUUUUAAAGAAUGCCUCCGUUGUUCCAAGGGACGGGUGUAAGCGGGGGUGGCAGUGUGCCUGUUCGGUACUCGAUUGAGAUGGAUGUUUUAAGGUAAAAUUAGGGAUGGAAAUUGAAGCAGAAGAAUUGAAACAAAUGCGAUUAGAAGGCGGAUGCAGGUGGGAAGCGUAAGAACGGAAGCGUGCUAGCUGUGAUCGUAGGCUGUAGAUUGUGAGGAUGAGGGCCAGGGGCAAGGCAAGGGGCGUGUUUGACGCGCUCUUUUUCCUUCUCUACCCCCCCCCCCCCCCUCUCUCUCUCUCUCUCUCUCGCGCGCGCUUCUAGGCGCACGGCGAACGAUAACGUGUAUAGCAAUCUUUUUAUCCAUUCCCUCAGAUAUUUUUAUCGGAUAUUUAUAGCACACCCUUAACAACGCCACACUGAUACGCCGCUGUGUGCCAGCUCCUCGCACAUCACUCCGAUCAUCACUCAAGAAAUCUCAAGAAGACGAAGCGAAAGACAAAUAGCAAGCUGCAGCUCCGUGUGCACAUUGCGAUAAGCCAUCGCGUUGCCUUUUAUGAUUUCCACGUUGGUUUUUACUUGCUGAGUGCUGCUAUUGUCGAUUGAAAGAGAGAGAGAGAGAGAGAGAGAGAGAGAGAGAGAGAGAGAGAGAGAGAGAGAGAGAGAGAGAGAGAGAGAGAGAGAGAGAGAGAGAGAGAGAGAGAUCGCGAAUGCGAGGAGUGUCGAGGAGAUGAAUCUUUUGAUGGAUAUUGCUGGAGCUGAGCCGGAAGGAGAUGAACUAGAGCGGCAAUGAGCACAAAAACAAACGAAAGCAAGCUGAUCGAAACGAACAGUGUAUAUUAACUUAUGUUACUAUGAAGUGCAUGUUAGUUAUGCGACAAAAUCGGUCACUAUCCGCCACCAGUUGCUUGUGCUUGUGCGCGGACUGAAAGACCGCGUUGAUGGAGAAUGGAGAGGAUGGCAACUGUGUUAGUUGUGAAAGGAUCCUGUAUAAUAAUCCAUUUUUGAGCGCGGACCUGCGGCGGGAAGGAGCCAGGAGAACGAAACUCCCAGCACGCCCACUCAUUUCGCUUAUCGCUCGCUCGCUCGCUCGCUGUUUCGGCCAAUUGUACAAGGGUAAGGGCACAAGAGCAAACAAAAUAAUGAUACAUACAGAUUAACAAGGUAAAACAAAAAAACUCACGCAUCAUUAGCGAGAAGGAGCAGGCAGUGGAGUGAAUUAUAAAAUAAAAAAGAAAACACUUGGAAAUCAACUCAA